CUCGGGAGGCACCCGGAACUGCAACUCCAGGAUGCUUUCCCUGGCCUUACAAUCACUAUGGGGCUGUCUGCUCGACGAUGAAAAUCUCCCCACCCUCGAGCCCGAAGCUAGCUCCUCCGAGAUCCCUGGCAACGCAUUGCUAUGUCAAAUUUAGGAUCUUGUAUUCCGUAUGAUUCAAUCCAGGGAAAGUAGAAACUUCGCGUUACAAGGUAUCAAUCUGGAUGUAUCACGGGAUGCGUUCAACUAUAUGAGACAUACUGUGGCUCUCACACGCCGUCUUCUUGGCGAGGGGUCACUCACCGAAAGACCCAUCGUUGACUUGAGAGAAUAUCUCAUGAAAGCAUGUCGCAGCGGAACACCAGAAGUUGUCAAGCUCCUUCUUGCCUAUGGCGCCGAACCUCUUCCCCUUGAUCUGAACUACGCGAUUCGUUCAGGACAACUCGGAAUCACAAGCCUCCUUUUGAGCCACGAUGUCCAGCUAGCCCGUCCUUUGGUAACGUACGGUGGCUACCAAUCCACCCGUAAUGCGGUCGGAAAAGAGCGCUUUCAACGAGAAGUCACCAACUCUUCUCCUAUCAUUCGAGCCAUGUUACUUGAACACACCGCUAUGUUCCGCCUACUUCGUGGACAUGGGGUUCGCGUCAACCACCCCGAAGUCGGUGGUCUUGCGCUGAAGUGGGCAUCCGAACAAGGCUUAGAGUCGAUGGUUGAACUGCUCUUAGAGGAAGGAGUUCCACUGCAUGGGCAGUCGUGUGGGCUCUGCCCACGAGAAUAUAGUGAGGCCACUGGGGAGUUUGAGUUUAGACACGAGGGCGUACGGCGCACUUUUGCAAAGGCGGCUGGUGUUCCAAUAGAUGAGCUACCUAACCCCGAGAUCUGUCCGCAUUGUGAACCUUUCAUAUAGUUUCGCAGCGGGUCUGAGGAAUGCGGCUAAUAUAGGGUGCGCAGAGCUUUACAUUCACU